AUGAACACAAUCGUCUUCGGUACCCCUCGCCCAAAGGUUACUCAACGUUUCAGGCACGUACACCCCUUUUGCCCGCCUCUUAGAGCCCCUACUGACGCCCCCAGGCCACCCCUCGGCGAAUCCGCUACUGCUGGCAAUCGAGGCCGCAAGCGAGCCCAACAGCUACCAAACGCGUUGGAAGGCCCUCAAAAAGAGCCCGAACGGAUACGUCCUCCCCUAUAUACUCCUCCCAAGCCAGCGGUAGGCACGUACACCCCUUUUGCCCGCCUCUUAGAGCCCCUACUAACGCCCCCAGGCCACCCCUCGACGAAUCCGCUACUGCUGGCAAUCGAGGCCGCAAGCGAGCCCAACAGCUACCUACUACUGCUCAUAAACGCGUUAAAAGGCCCUCAAAAAGAGCCCGAACGGAUACGUCCUCCCCUACAUACUCCUCCCAAGCCAGCGGUAGUUAAACAAGAGGAGGAUCUACAACAGGCGAAUACGGAGAACACUGCGGAGAACAUUGCGGAGACAGUCAUCAGCAGCAGUGACACAACAGGCCUACUCUCCACGAUCUCACACCAAUCCACUCAGCCAGUGCAAGAGAAGUCAAUACAGCAGGCGAAUGCGGAGAACACUGCGGAGAAACCAAGCGGCAACAAGGCCCCCAGCACCAAGAACACGGCUCAGCUCUCCAAGAUCCCACGUCAUAUGCUCUCCACGGUUCCACAUCAAAUCAUCACUCAGCAAGCGGAGAACACCACUACAACUUGGCCUAUCAUCCCUACUAUAUUGAUAUGGUACAUCACUACAAUAACGUCAUAA